AACGACAACAACAACAACAACAGGGGAACAAGAGAAGUUGUUGACCUUUGAGAUCUAAUUCAGAAUUUCAGACACAACCUCAGGAAGCUCAAAUCUUGUUUGGGUUUCCGAGUUCCCAGACUCCUGUAAGUUCCCCUUUUUUCUCAGAUCUGAUUUGUUCCUUCUCAUUAUGGAUAGUAACUAUUCAGCUAUUCGCAAGAACUCAUAUUUAGAAUUGCAAUCCCAAUACGAUACUAGAAGCCCCGGACUUGCUCCCAAACCCCGUUCGAAUUUCAACUCUUAUCCUGAGGAUAACGAUGAUGGGGAUGAUUUUGAUGAUAAUCUUAAUUUUGAUGGAGGGAAUUAUCCCCUUGUUGUUGAUGGGUCUAAGCAUGAUGGGUCUGGAAUCUCCGGGGCGGUGUUUAAUCUCACCACUACCAUUAUUGGGGCUGGGAUUAUGGCUCUGCCUGCCACCAUGAAGGUUCUUGGUGUCGUUUGGGGGUUUGUUUUGAUAAUCUUGAUGGGUCUUUUGUCUGAAGUUAGUGUCGAAUUGUUGGUGAGGUUUUCGGUUAUGUCAAAGGCUUCCUCCUAUGGGGAGGUUGUGCAAUACGCAUUGGGAAGACCCGCGAGGAUAAUCUCGGAGAUUUGCAUAAUUUGCAACAAUGCAGGCGUGUUGGUGGUGUAUUUGAUCAUUAUGGGGGAUGUUAUGUCAGGUUCUCUUCAUCAUAUGGGGGUUUUCGAUCAGUGGUUGGGGCAUGGCGUUUGGGAUCAUAGAAGGCUACUGAUUUUGUUUAUGUUGGUUGUUUUCUUAGCACCCCUUUGUGCCUUGGACAAGAUUGAUUCUUUGAGCAUCACUUCAGCGGCUUCUGUAGCUCUUGCAGUUGUGUUUGUUGUGGUUGCUUGUGCUAUAGCUUUUAUUAAGCUUGCUGAAGGGAAAACAGACUCUCCUAGGAUGUCACCAGAUUUUGGGUCGAAGAAGGCCAUCUUAGAUCUGCUUGUGGUGAUUCCUAUCAUGACCAAUGCUUAUGUUUGCCAUUUUAAUGUCCAACCUAUAUAUAAUGAGCUUGAAGGACGGUCCAUUCAGAAGAUGAACCGGGUUGGAAGGAUCACGACUGUUCUUUGCAUUGUGGUCUAUUCUUUUACAGCCAUAUCCGGCUAUCUACUCUUUGGAAAGGAUACCGAGUCUGAUGUGCUGACUAACUUUGAUAAGGACCUUGGGAUCCGUUACAGCUCAGCGCUGAAUUAUAUCGUCAGAGUUGGUUACAUUUUUCAUUUGCUUCUUGUAUUCCCUGUUGUACAUUUCUCGUUGAGACAAACCGUGGAUGCUUUGGUAUUUGAGGGAUCAGCUCCACUAUCAGAGAGUAGAAAGAGGUGUCUUAUAUUGACGCUGGUCCUGCUGGCACUUAUUUAUCUAGGAUCUACCAUGAUUCCCAACAUUUGGACAGCCUUUAAAUUUACAGGAGCAACAACAGCUGUGUCAUUGGGAUUUAUAUUCCCUUCUCUUAUUGCAAUUAAGCUAAGUCGGAAAGGGGAAGUUUUAAGCUCUGCAGAGAAGAUCGUGUCAUGGUUCAUGUUGGUAAUGGCAAUAACAGUCAGCGUCGUUGGAGUAGUUGGGAAUAUUUAUAGCCUCAAUAGCAAAUCUGAAUGAUCCAUGUUGUAGACUGUAGCAGAUAUUUGAGGUUUACUUCUGCUUAUGAACAAAUUUGGUGGUUAUACACAGAUUGUCAGGGGAGAUACUCUUAUUUAUAUGGGUUUGCUGCCUAGCUGAUUUGUAACAGUCAAAGCAAGUCAUUGUGAGUAGACCCCUUGAUCAGGAAGUUAUAUGGAAUGGAAAGGGUGGAUCCUUGUUCUGGUUCAUUGCAAUCAUAUACUUCUGGUUCAUUGCAAUCAUAUACUGUCGAGGAACUCAGAUUAGUAGGUUAAUCCAGUACUCAAGGACUUGUUUGAGAGGAAACUACACCAAGUAGUCAUUCCUACCACUUGUAGGUUAUACUCAAUUGAUUUCAAAACUUUUCACAGAAUUGUUUCUUGGUCCCAAGUUCUUCUUUCUCUUCCCUUUUCUUCUCCCACAUGAGAUGCUGUUGUAACUGUAUGAUCAGCACUUGCUGUUUU